AUGUCACCAUUCCAACUGGUGUAUGGUAAGUCUUGUCAUCUUCCUGUAGAACUAGAACAUAGAGCUUUGUGGGCUAUUAAAUUUUUAAAUUUUGAACCAUCAAAGGCUAAUAAUAAGAGAUUGCUGCAAUUAAAUGAGUUCAGGUUAGCAGCUUAUGAGAAUGUCAGGAUUUACAAAGAGAAGACAAAAAAGUGGCACGACAAAAAGAUUCAACCAAAAGAUUUUGAGUCAGGACAACAGGUAUUACUAUACAACUCUCGACUGAGGUUGUUUCCAGGUAAGCUCAAGUCUCGUUGGUCUGGUCCUUUUGUAGUAAAAAAAGUUUUUCCAUAUGGUACAGUUGAGGUUUCUCCUCUCAACACUGAAAGACCUUUCAAGGUCAAUGGGUGUAGAUUGAAGACUUGUCAUGGAGGAGAGAUACAUAGGGACACAAUUACUGUUCCUUUACUUUCUCUGGAGACUUAA